AAAUAAAAUAAUUUUAAUUGGUUAAUUGCACACAGUCUACUGAGUAUAUUAUUGAAUUUUUUAACAUUGAAAAGUUAGAACAGAGUUAGAAACUAAAGCUCCAGUCCAGUUGUGUGUAAAAACUGUUGUGAUUUACCAUAGUUAGACCCUUUCCACGUCCCACAUCAUGGAUUUUACAUCGUUUGCAAAGGCAACGAAUUUAGAUUCCUCCUCCAAUGCCGAUGCAGCCAGUAGAACACCCGAAGAAUUACACUUUUGGAAACAUGUCGAAUACAUUGAAAAUCAUGGCAAAGACCAGGAUGACUAUGAGUAUUGUAUGACGGAAUUCCUACGCAUGUCAGGCAUUUACUGGGGCGUCACUGCGUUGGAUAUAAUGAAUCAAUUGGACCGCCUUGACCGCAACUCUAUAAUUGAGUUCAUCAAGCGUUGCCAGUGCCCGACGACAGGUGGUUUCGCGCCGUGUGAAGGUCACGACCCCCAUAUACUAUAUACUUUAUCUGCAGUGCAGAUAUUGUGUAUUUACGACUCUCUACAGGAAAUAGAUUGUGAGGCCGUGGUCAAGUAUGUGAUUUCAUUGCAACAGCUCGAUGGCAGUUUCUUUGGCGAUCGUUGGGGAGAAGUCGACACACGCUUUUCCUUUUGUGCCGUAGCCAUAUUGACCCUUUUGAAAAGGGAUUUGGCCACAACCAUAGAUGUGGAAAAGGCGGUGCAAUUUGUUAUGUCUUGUUGCAAUGAAACAGACGGGGGAUUUGGUUCAAAGCCGGGAGCAGAAUCACAUUCAGGUCUUAUUUAUUGCUGUGUGGGAUUUUUAUCGUUGACGCACCGUCUACAUUUGCUGGAUGUUGAUAAGCUAGGCUGGUGGUUGUGCGAACGUCAAUUGCCUUCUGGAGGUCUAAAUGGCCGCCCUGAAAAACUACCCGAUGUUUGUUACUCUUGGUGGGUUUUGGCUUCAUUGACCAUAAUGGGACGUCUGCAUUGGAUCAGUGCCGAUAAACUGAAACAAUUUAUUCUCUCUUGCCAAGACAAUGAGACAGGAGGCUUUGCUGACCGCACGGGUAAUCUACCCGACAUUUUCCAUACCUUGUUUGGUAUAGGCGCCUUAUCAUUAUUAGGCUUUGAGGGUCUGAAAACCAUAAAUCCCACACUAUGUAUGCCUCAGUAUGUAAUGGAUCGUUUGCAGAUAAAGCCACAAAUUUUGGAAAGGCCUUAAAUUGUUAUGCCAAAUUGGCACUUAAUAUGGUUGGCACUUGACAUGAAACAAAAAGACGAAGAAGUAAAGCUUUAAGGAGAAAAACAAACUCGUAUGCUAAAGGAAAAGGAAGAAAAUUAUUUUUCAACAACUACAACACUCAGCUCACUCACACACUCUAUCUAUCUCAAUUUGAUGCACCUUAAAACAACUUUUUCCUCAACUUGCAUUUCUUUUCUCUACUUGCGAAAGCUCUUGGCGUUCAGUCUUCUCUCACGGUAACUAGGAUCGUUAUCCUAUGGAUAAGAUGGAAUGCAAUACUUUAAAAUUCUUAACAAUUUACAAACAAAUAAUAAAAAUUGGAUUUUCUCUUUUCUUAUAUUUUGUAAACAAGGUCUUUAUAGAUAAAUUAUUUUUUUUUUUAUAUAUAUACAAACAAACAAAAACACACAAAAUAUUAGCUUUAUUAUUUUUGCAUUUAUGCGUAUAUAAGUAUAUCCAUAGUAAAGAUCAAGUAAUUUUAAUUAUAACUUUAUUAGAAAACAAA